UUUUAAAAAUUGCAUUUGCACAUUCGGAGCUUAAUCUUGCUGGAGACAUAGGUCUCCCCCUCCCCUUUUUAAUGUUACAUUUUACACUUUUUUUGCGGAUAGUACACAAAAUUUGCAGCUGUUUUCAUUUUAAAUGAAAAUUGAUUAUCCAAAUUUAUUUAGACCAGUAUUUUUCAACUCUUUGGCAACUCUUACAGUGUGUGGACUCCCAGAAUUCCCCAGCCAGCUGGAGAAUGGCAUCUAAUGUCUUCCAACUGGAUAGGAACUUUCUCAAAUUCAGUGUUUUUCAAACUUGGCAGCUUCAAGAUGGUCAUGCUGUCUGGGGGAUUUCUGGGAGUUGAAGUCCACAGCAUGCUCAGAGUUUUAUCUUAUUCUUGCUAGAUCCUUCGACACUGAUCCUGAAAUUAUUUUCUUCAGCAGGAUUUUCUGGAUUGCACCUAACAGAUAUUGCAUUGUGUUUUCAAACAAAGUGAUGGCAGCUGGAACAGCCUUGGUUUACGAUGGUGAAAUGAUCAACCAUAAGCUACUUUGGGAAGACCCAACAUGUGAGGUGGAGGUCCCUGAACGGCUUUCUUGCUGCUAUGGCCGCCUUCAGCACUAUAACCUGAUUGAAAGAUGCAUUCUGGUCUCUGCCAGAGAAGGAACUGAGAGUGAAAUCAUGCUGAUUCACAGUAUGGAUUAUGUGGAAGUGGUGAAGAGCACUGAGAAAAUGGAAAAAGAAGAGCUCCAAAAAGUCUCUGCUGAAUAUGAUGCUGUUUACUUUCAUCCAACAACAUAUCGUUGUGCCAAAGUGGCUGUGGGAGCAACACUGCAACUGGUAGAUGCUGUGAUGUCGGGAAAGACCCGUAAUGGCUUGACUCUAAUAAGGCCUCCAGGUCAUCAUAGUCAAAGAAAUGCAGCCAAUGGAUUUUGUAUCUUCAAUAAUGUUGCUAUUGCAGCAAAAUAUGCUCAGAGAAAAUACGGCUUGCAAAGGAUCCUCAUUGUUGACUGGGAUAUACAUCAUGGACAAGGAAUUCAAUAUGCAUUUGAUGAUGACCCCAGUGUUCUCUAUUUUUCCUGGCAUCGGUUUGAACACCAGAACUUUUGGCCUUGGCUCAGUGAGUCUAAUUAUGAUGCGGUUGGUCAGGGGAAAGGAAAAGGAUUCACCAUAAAUGUCCCUUGGAAUCUGGUUGGAAUGGGAAAUUCAGAUUAUUUGGCUGCAUUUCUUCAUGUCUUGCUUCCAAUAGCUUUUGAGUUUGAUCCAGAACUUGUUUUGAUUUCUGCUGGAUAUGACUCUGGAAUAGGUGAUCCAGAGGGGCAGAUGAAAGCGACUCCAGAAUGCUUUUCCCAUCUUACUCAUUUUCUAAUGAAUUUAGCUAAUGGAAAGUUGUGUGCAGUUUUAGAGGGUGGAUAUCACUUACGGUCACUCUCUGAAUCCGUCUGCAUGACUCUAAAAGCUUUGCUUGGAGAUCCUUUAUCUCCUUUGUCUGGUGAAAUGAUGCCAUGUUUAAGUGCAAGAGAAUCCAUUCAGAAUGUGAGAGCUGCACAUAAGCCAUAUUGGAAGUGUUUGACAUAUGAAGAUGUAACCCCAGUGCAAGAUCUCAGUACUAUAUCCUGUCAAGCAGAAAAAGCUGAGCUUACACAGACCAAUGUGGAACUCCUGAGUCCUCAAGAAGUUGGAAAGGGAGAUGUCAAUGAAGUCAUCAAAACAGAUAGGUUUUUGGAGACGCAUAUGAAAAGCAUUUUGUCUUUGAAACCUCCUAUUAAAACCGCAGCUGCUGUUGGUGAGAGUGGUGCAUACCUGCUCCCACCAACUGUUCACAUUCCAAAAGGACUGGAUAUGAAAGAGUUCAAAACUACUAUCAGUGCAUUUGAUGUGAAAAAUAUGAAAGAAGAAGCUCUAAACUUACUCUUGAACAUGCUGGCUGUCCUUAACAAAAUCAUUAAAAAGGAGGUGAUCAAUGGGCUUGCAGUUUCAUCUACACCUUCACUUUCUUCUGCCAUUGCGAUAGCACAUUGUCAAAACCUGAAGGUACAAAAAGUCCUGUGUGUAUUUGUAGGUGACAUGGACAUGAAAAUUGAGUUGGAUGAUGACAAAGUGCUCUUGAUCAAUAUUUGUGCUAAACAUUUUGAACAAGUUAACACCAAACACAAUAUCUCUCUCAACUGGAAAGAAGAUCCUAAAACCAACAACUUCUUCUCUGCUACCUUUGGAUUUAUUCUUCCAGUUGCAUACAGCUAUCAGCCUAAUUUAACCAUUGUAAUUGUUGGACCAAACCAGAACCUUGGCAAAAAUAGAAUUUCCUUGCUUAUUAGUUUACUGCAAGGAUUAGCAGAAUCUCAGAUUCUUGCUGUAAUUCAGGAUACUGAAGAAAAAAUAAUGCAAGAUAUAGCCAACAUCUUAACAGGUGACUUUAUACCCAACUUUGAGAACUUUGCACCAGAUUUACAGGAGAAUGUGGAAGUGAUAAAAGAAUUAAGAGCGCAAUUUCAACAGGAAUGGAAAUUGCUUCAAUGUUCAGCAAAGAACUUCAAAGAUGGAAAGUAAUCUUGAUUUCAACAAUCUCUUUUCUUCCACAAGAAAACAAAACAAAAGAUCAGAACAAGAUAUGCUUUAUGAAUAAAAGGGCACAAAAUGUUUCUGAACUGAUUUUUAUAUAAUUUUUAUAUUGAAAACUACCUUCUAGCCCGUUAACUUUAGAAAUGCUGUUGGCUUUGCUAUAAAGACUUUUUAAAAUUUUAUACAGUAAAAAUGUAUAAAUAUUUUAUAUGUACUGUAUAAAUGUAUGAAUAUUGCAUGAAUACUGAAUGAAUGCAUGAAUAGAAGGGAAACUCAUCAAAUUUGCCAAUGACAAUAAACUGGCAGGAAUAGACAACACUACAGAAAAUAGACUCAAGAGCCAGAUAGAUCUUGACAGAUUUGAACACUGGGACCUAUUUAACAAAAUGAAAAAUAAGAAAAAUAAUAAAUUUUAUACUUGGGCAAGAAAAAUCAAAUGUACAGGUAUAGAUUAGGUAAAACCUGACUCAAUAGCAGUAACUGAGAGAGAGAUCUUGGAGUCCUAGUGGACAAUCACUUAAAAAUGAGCCAGUAAUGGGCAACGGCAGCCAAAAAAAGCCAACACAGUCCUAGGUUGCAUUAAGAGGGUUAAAAUCAAGAUCACGUGAGAUAUUAAUACCAUUUAGAAAGCCUUAGUAAGACCACCCUUAGAAUACUGCAUCCAGGUUUGGUCACCAUAUUAUAAAAAAUGUUGAGACUCGAAAGAGUGAAGAAAGGAGCAACAAAGAUUAUUAGGGGCUAGAGGCUAAAACAUAAGAAUGGUUAUAGGAAUUUGGUUUGUCUAGUGAAAAGAAAGAUUAGGGGAGACAUGAUAGCAAUGUUCCAAUAUUUGAGGAGCUGCCCCAAAGAAGGGGGGAUCAACCUAUUUGCCAAAGAAGGCAAGACAAGAAACAAUGGAUGGAAACUAAUCAAGGAGAGAAGCAACCUAGAACUAAGGAGAAAUUUCCUAACAGUGCGAAUAAUUAACCAGUGAAACGGCUUGCCUUCAAAAUUUGUGGGUGCUCCAUCACUGAAGGCUUUUAAGAAGACUGGACAGCCACUUGUCUGGAAUGAUAUAGGGUCUCCUGCUUGAGUAGAGGGUUGGACUAGAAGACCUCCAAGGUCCCUCCCAACUCUGCUAUUUUGUUAUUCUGUUAGUUGGUUUAUUGUGUCCUUUUAGUCUUUACAAACUUCUGGCAAACAAGGGGUUGUGAUAUAUAGGCUUUGUGUGGCCCUGCUCUUAAGUAGGCAGCCAAUUAGCACUGUAGAGCUCUACUUUUUUAAUAUGGAAAAGGAGGUUAAUAUCUUUAGCUCAAGCCAAGGAAAAAAAGAUAUAGGGAUCACAAAUGGGAUUGCAUUUCUGUAGUAACUCCCCGCUGACAUGUAUAUUUAUAAAUUAAAUCUGAAUAAUGUCAACUACUGAGUAAAGCCUAUUUCUCAUGUAUAAUUUUUGCAAUGUUAAAUAAACUUAAUUACAAACUCUCAUGAGAU